AUGAGGACUAUUGACUGUGGACAGAUGCUUUCCCCUUUCAACCCUCAGAAAAAGAAUGGAAAUAACUGUAUUCUUGGACGUUCUCAGUCUGAUUCAUGCCUUCUUUUAGCCAACUAUUCAUGUAUUCACCAGAAGAAUUACACCUACUACCUCCGGUGUAGGAAGAAAAAAAAAUGUCAAAUGAGCAAUAAUGUUAGCAGAAGCUUGAAACUUAAGAGCGGCUGCCGGUGCAACGCGUUUGGGCCAAAUGCCAACUGUCUGGGUCACACGCGUUUUAUCCAAAUAGAUUUAGCGCUGCUGUCUGGAAAUGGGCUGCUGAAUGUUAACUUUAGGAUCAACUCAACCAGGGCAGCUCAGACUGUUACCCUCUGUCUGGGUGAACCAUGUCCUUUGGGGGCCCGAGAUUUUCGAGAGAAACAGUGUGCAGACUUUGACAAUAUGCCUUUCCGUGGAAAGUAUUAUAACUGGAAACCCUAUACUGGAGGUGGGGUAAAACCUUGCGCAUUAAACUGCCUGGCUGAAGGUUACAACUUCUACACUGAACGUGCCCCUGCGGUGAUUGAUGGGACUCAGUGCAAUGCGGACUCACUGGAUAUCUGUAUCAAUGGGGAAUGCAAGCAUGUAGGUUGUGAUAAUAUUUUGGGAUCCGAUGCUAGGGAAGAUAGAUGUCGAGUCUGUGGAGGGGAUGGAAGCACAUGUGAUGCCAUUGAAGGGUUCUUCAAUGAUUCGUUGCCCAGAGGAGGCUAUAUGGAGGUAGUGCAGAUACCAAGAGGCUCUGUUCAUAUUGAAGUCAGAGAAGUUGCCAUGUCAAAGAACUAUAUUGCUUUGAAAUCUGAAGGAGAUGAUUACUAUAUUAAUGGCGCCUGGACUAUUGACUGGCCUAGGAAGUUUGAUGUUGCUGGGACAGCUUUUCACUACAAGAGACCAACUGAUGAACCAGAAUCCUUGGAAGCUCUAGGUCCCACCUCGGAAAAUCUCAUUGUCAUGGUUCUGCUUCAGGAACAAAAUUUGGGAAUUAGGUAUAAGUUCAAUGUUCCCAUCACUCGUACUGGCAGUGGAGACAAUGAAGUUGGCUUUACAUGGAAUCAUCAGCCUUGGUCAGAAUGCUCAGCUACUUGUGCUGGAGGUGUCCAAAGACAGGAGGCAGUCUGUAAAAGAUUGGACGACAACUCUAUUGUCCAGAACAAUUACUGUGACCCUGACAGUAAGCCACCUGAAAAUCAAAGAGCCUGCAACACUGAGCCCUGCCCACCUGAGUGGUUCAUUGGGGAUUGGUUGGAGUGUAGCAAGACUUGUGACGGUGGAAUGCGCACAAGGGCAGUGCUCUGCAUCAGGAAGAUUGGACCUUCAGAGGAGGAGACACUGGACUACAGCGGCUGUUUAACACACCGGCCUAUUGAAAUAGAGUCCUGCAACAACCAGUCAUGUCCACCUCAGUGGGUGGCUUUGGACUGGUCAGAAUGCACUCCCAAAUGUGGUCCGGGAUUCAAGCAUCGGAUUGUUCUGUGCAAGAGCAGUGACCUCUCUAAAACAUUCCCAGCUGCACAGUGUCCAGAAGAGAACAAACCCCCUGUCCGUAUCCGCUGCAGUUUGGGUCGCUGCCCUCCUCCUCGCUGGGUGACUGGAGACUGGGGCCAGUGUUCUGCUCAGUGUGGCCUUGGACAGCAGAUGAGGACUGUGCAGUGUCUUUCCUACACUGGACAGGCGUCUAGUGACUGUCCAGAAACUGUUCGGCCUCCAUCGAUGCAGCAGUGUGAAAGCAAAUGUGACAGUACCCCCAUUUCCAAUACUGAAGAGUGCAAAGAUGUGAACAAAGUGGCGUAUUGCCCGCUGGUGCUCAAGUUCAAGUUCUGUAGUCGAGCAUACUUCAGACAGAUGUGUUGUAAGACCUGCCAAGGACACUGACCCGUGGAGAGCCAGAGAGGGAGCCUUGUCAUUUCAUCGUGGAAAUGCGUCCAUCAAAGAGAGCCACCCAGAGGAAGAGGAUUGAUGUCCUUGCAAAUGCAUUACCCUGUGGAAAACGUAACCACUGGUCAGCCCUAGCUGACAGGAUUUCAAUAUUAUUUUAACUUCUGUGAAGUGGGAUUUAUUGAUCCAAAGUGCUGGACACGGUAUUAGGAGGGAAUGCCAGAUCGGAGAGAUCCAAACAACACAGGGAGACUUGCUUACUGUGGAGCGUUUGUGUUCUUUCGAGUAAAUCCAAUAGCCUGUUUACCUCCUUGGACCAUUAAGAUAAUUUUUAUUAUGGACUUAGCAAUGACACUGAAUCCAUUUGUAUUUAAAACCGUUUAAAAUGUAGCUGUUAUGAUUUGGUCAACUAUGGAAGUAAAGAAGAUUCAGAAAUCUUAAGUCAUAGCUUAAAAAUAUUUACUAUACUUUAUCUCAAUACAACAGCACCACAAUUUAAAUUCUAAAAUGGGCUUUUAACUGUAAUUUAAGGAGCAAUUAUAAAUCAAAAGUAAUGAAAGUUUGUAUUAUUUUUCUUCAUUCCACUUAAUUUCCUUAGGACUAAUCCCCCUGUUCUGAACACUGCUGUGAGCCAUAUAUAAACUAUAUUAAACCGAACAACAAGGAAGGACUCAGUUUAAGGCAGCGCAUCAGUUACUGCGGCCGUGCAAGUCUAUAAAUUCUGUGCUAAGAGACUGGGGCCAACUUGCCAUUGUGCAAGUGAAGCUGAGAUUUCCAUUAAAACUUUAAGAGAAAAACAUUUCAGUUUCAUGCAGAAGCCAGACCUGGGGUAUGGUAGAGACUGAAGAACCGGGCCCUUUGCUGCCAUCACACAGGAUGCCUGAGUCCUUAUGUGAGUCACCCCAGCUCAGUUGUGUUUACAACCUCACCGGCCACAGGACAGCUUCUGCCCCGUUGGAUUUUUGCAUGCAUGUUGAGCUUACUGAAAUGAUGCCGUGCAAAAGAUAGACUGGCUCGGCAACAACCAGGCAGACCCUUUCGCUGACAAUUGUGAUGGGUUCCAGAUGUCCCUUCUUUGAUAUGGCAGAAGGGCAUUUAUUUAUAUGAGAGCAAGUGUGUGUGUGUGAGCGGGCGCUUUUGAGUGUGUGGGUAGAUGAGUGUGCUUGCACAUAAAUGUGCUAUUUCUGUGAGUUUUUAAAGUAGGCAAGGGAUAACAACCAAAGAAGAAAAACACAUGAAGCCUAGAGAUCAUAAAGCAUAAUUUUAAUAGUCACUCAACCAACAAUUUUGUAUUUUUUAUGGAUACUCUGAAUGGCAAUUAAAUGUGAAACCAAGUUUCUUGGGCAAGUCAAAUUCUAGAAUCAAAUCCAGAAUCCUAAAUUAAAUUGACUAGCUCAUAGUUUCCCUAUCCACAAGUUUCAUGUCAUGCUCAUCAAAAGAUUCAACAGCAAGAUUAAAAGAAAGCAAAAAAGAAGAGGGUACUUAUAUAUAUUUUGUACUUGAACACUUGUAGCUUGCAGCAGGUUCUUGAUGAAUGUGCUUUGCGUCCUACACAAUGUGUACAUCAUGCUACACGAACACCUCAAACUCCAACCAAAUGGCUACUUUGUAAAGAUGCUACUUGCAGUUAAAGAGUAUGUUCGACUUCAAUCCAUCACUGUGCUCUCAUACUACAUGUCUGGUGUUUCACCUACACCAUGACCUAAUGUAGAUGAUUAGGUUUUUUCAGAAAGGAAAAGAGACUCACAGACUUCAAAAACCAACCUAACCUUCAGGUUUGCUAUGGACAGUCAGCACGGGCUGUUGUUCUGCACACUCAGUCAUGGUCAUCAAUAUUUUCUCACCUGCUUUCUGUCUCAACACCACAGCUCAUGUCCCUGAGCUUUCCAGAGAAAGCUACCGACGAUACCCAAAAAUUGCCAGGGCCGCUCUCUCUACUGCUCUUAGAAGACCAGCCAGAGUGCUAUCUAUUCAGUGAGGGGGGAGGUGGCCCAUGAGCAGCGUGCCCCCAGCGCUGAAUUCACUUGGUCCCUCGUAAAGAGUGGUUAAAUUGGUGCUAAUGUGCCCUGGUGGAAUAAAGAAAGGAUGGGUGGUUUCUGUGGCAUUCUAGGCAUAGGUUUGCCAUCAGGACCUGUCUUUCCCCAAAUAUAAAUAUCAGCUCAUGGUUUUAUUCCAAAAAGAUUUCUUAAUUGACUAACUUGAGUCUAUUCUUAACCUCACCUGGAAACUAACAUCAUGAGGACUGUUGCCUUGGGCCACCUUGACUGGCCCUAGAUGAAGGGGCAGCUAGUAUUCCCUCAGGAGUGUGCACCAGUCCCGAGGCCAGGAGUAGAGAGCUUCCAGGAGCAGCAUCGCAGCAUCGGAUUACUCUGCUAGAAGGAACCAAGCACAGAAGAUUUCCCCUGAGUGGGGGAACAAAUCAUAUUCUACAACACAUCACAUUACCGCUGCUACUCUGUAGUCAACCACGUGGCUACAUGAUGCUCUCUUCCUAAAUAAUAGCAAUAGGAUUGUCAGUGGAGGCUAAGCCACCAUGGCAGGCCCUCCGAAAGUAGCGUGCUAUACGGACUACUUAGAGAGACCCAAGGAAACUGGUGCCCUAUGGCUGAGAACCGUAUCUGCCAUCAGCACAAUAUCCUGCCAAAAAGGAAAGGUAAAAUCUACCCAACUGAUUAAAGCCCUUGAGAUACAUAUAAUUCCCCAAACCGUCCAUUUCAUUAGGAAUUUUAUUGGAGUGAAUGUCACAUAGGUAUCCUUAAUAAUACAGAAUGAAAUUACCUUUGUAUUAUUGUGAUUAGUUGUUGCUUAUUAUUUUAUACUCAGUAUUAAUGUGGUACACUGUUACUUUUUUUUUGCUUUUGUAAAUUAUAUUCUAAUUUAUUGCCAUGUUUCCUAACACUUGUCCUACAUUCAUUCUCCUGCUUGUAACGAAAAUGAAAAAGUCAUUGUAACACUUGAUGGAGUGAAAUUCCACACCAGGCACAGAUUUUUUUUUAACAUAGAUAAUUUAGUGAAAAUAAAAAUUCAGCUUGUAAGAAUGA